UGCGGUGGCUCGCUAUCAAGUUUGCGUUGGAGCGUAUGUUGUGUGAAUGGUUGUUGGUUCAUCUUAAGAGUGGCCUGGCUCCAUCUCACUUGUCUGCCUGAGCCUGCAUGAAGAAGAAUUUAUCGGGACAAACAUAUCGAAGGAAGAGACUGCAUUGAUCUGGAGUUCCAGCCGAUAACUAGUGAUCAACUAAUUCCAAAAUGCCGCUGCGGCUGGACAUCAAGCGGAAGCUGACGGCGCGCUCAGACCGCGUCAAGUGCGUGGACAUCCACCCCACCGAGCCAUGGAUGCUGGCCUCGCUCUACAACGGCAACGUGCACGUGUGGAACCACGAGACCUCGCAGCUCAUCAAAUCGUUCGAGGUGUGCGACCUGCCGGUGCGCGCCGUCAAGUUUGUGCCGCGCAAGAACUGGAUCAUCACUGGCUCAGACGACAUGCAGGUGCGCGUGUUCAACUACAACACGCUGGAGCGCAGCCACAUGUUCGACGCCCACUCGGACUACAUCCGCUGCAUCGCCGUCCAUCCCACGCAGCCGUUCAUCCUCACCAGCAGCGACGACAUGAUGAUCAAGCUGUGGAACUGGGACAAGCUGUGGGCCUGCCAGCAGGUGUUCGAAGGUCACACCCACUAUGUGAUGCAGAUUGUCGUCAACCCCAAAGACAACAACACCUUCGCCAGCGCCUCCCUCGACCGGACGGUUAAGGUGUGGCAGCUGGGCUCGGCUACGCCCAACUUCACGUUGGAAGGCCACGACAAGGGCGUCAACUGCGUCGACUACUACCACGGCGGUGACAAGCCGUACCUCAUCUCGGGCGCCGACGACCGGCUGGUGAAGAUCUGGGACUACCAGAACAAGACGUGCGUGCAGACGCUCGAGGGCCACGCCCAGAACAUCUCGGCAGUGUGCUUCCACCCGGAGCUGCCGAUCAUCAUGACGGGCUCGGAGGACGGGACGGUGCGCAUCUGGCACGCCAACACGUACCGGCUCGAGUCGACGCUCAACUACGGCUUGGAGCGCGUCUGGACCAUCACGGCCACGCGCGCCACCAACAACGUGGCCAUGGGCUACGACGAGGGCAGCAUCAUGAUCAAGGUGGGUCGCGAGGAGCCGGCCAUGUCGAUGGACUCAAGCGGCAAGAUCAUCUGGGCCAAGCACUCGGAGAUCCAGCAGGCCAACCUGAAGGCGAUCACGGACGCCGAGCUGCCGGACGGCGAGCGACUGCCGCUGGCCGUCAAGGACAUGGGCAGCUGCGAGAUCUACCCGCAGACCAUCGCGCACAACCCCAACGGCAGGUUCGUUGUGGUCUGCGGCGACGGCGAGUACAUCAUCUACACGGCGAUGGCGCUGCGCAACAAGGCGUUCGGCGCGGCGCAGGAGUUUGUGUGGGCGCUCGACUCGUCCGAGUACGCCGUGCGAGAGAACUCCACCACCAUCAAGCUGUUCAAGAACUUCAAGGAGAAGAAGACAUUCAAGCCAGACUUCGGCUGCGACGCGAUAUUCGGCGGCCAGCUGCUGGGAGUGCGCACCGUCUCCGGUCUGGCCUUCUACGACUGGGAGAGUCUGGAGCUGGUGCGCCGCAUCGAGAUCCAGCCCAAGCACGUGUACUGGUCGGAGGGCGGCACGCUGGUGUGUAUAGCGACUGAGGAGAGCUACUUCGUGCUCAAGUACUCGCCGGAGCUGGUGGCCAAGGCGCAGGAGACCAAGGAGGGCGUCACUGAGGACGGCGUCGAUGACGCCUUCGACGUGCUGGGAGAGGUGCAGGAGACGGUCAAGACGGGCUUGUGGGUCGGAGACUGCUUCAUCUACACCAACGGCGUCAACCGGCUCAACUACUACGUGGGCGGCGAGAUUGUGACUGUGGCCCACCUGGACAGGACCAUGUACCUGCUGGGCUACCUGCCCAAGGACAACUCGCUCUACUUGGGCGACAAGGAGCUGAACGUGGUGGGCUUCUCGCUGCUGCUCUCGGUGCUGGAGUACCAGACGGCCGUGAUGCGGCAGGACUUCCAGACGGCCGACCGCGUGCUGCCCACCAUUCCCAAGGAGCAGCGCGCGCGCGUGGCCCACUUCCUCGAGAAGCAGGGCUUCCGGCAGCAGGCGCUGGCAGUCUCCACCGACCCCGAGCACCGGUUCGAGCUGGCGCUGCAGCUGGGCGAGCUCAAGAUCGCCUACCAGCUGGCCGUCGAACAGCAGAGUGAGGCCAAGUGGAAGCAGCUGGCGGACCUGGCCACCAGCCGCGGCCAGCUGGGGCUGGCCCAGGCGUGUCUGCACAAGGCCAACGACUACGGCGGCCUGCUGCUGCGCCACGGCCGCAGGCAACGGCAGUAUGGUGGCCAAGCUGGGCGAGUCGGCGGCCAGCGGCGGCAAGAACAACGUCGCCUUCCUCUCUUACUUCAUCACCGGCCACCUGGACCAGUGUCUGGACGUGCUGAUCCAGAGCAAGCGGCUGCCUGAGGCGGCCUUCUUCGCGAGGACCUACCUGCCGUCGGAGGUGUCGCGCGUCGUCGCCCUCUGGAAGCAGUCGCUGAGCCAGAGCAGCGAGAAGGCGGCGCGCGCGCUGGCCGACCCGGCCGAGUACGAGAACCUCUUCCCGGA